AUGGUGGAUAUAGAGCUCAUGAUCAGCAACAGUUUUGCUUUGUUUUUUUUUCCUCAUGAGAACGAGAAAAUGGUGGAACAGCAAAUGCUUAUUGAUCAGCUAAAAGAAAAAUUAGAGAAGCUUACAGAUGUGAAAACUUCAGACUUCUCAUGUGCUUGUGGAGAUGGGCCAGCUGUUGUGGCAUCCACAAGGAGGCCAUAUAGUGUCCCACUCACAAAAAGUCUGCUACAUGCCCUUCACCCAACUACAGGGACAGAGACCCGAAAGGUGUAUACCAGCCUCCCUGCCUUCUCCCUGGCCCGGGUAAUGGCAGAAUUCCGUGCUCGCAGCCAGAUGAUACUGAGCAACAUAGAAGAUCAGGAUAAAGUCCUUCACUGCCAUCUCUCUGAUCAGAGCGAUGAAGAGGAAGAAAAUACAGGCAGCAAAAAGAAAACCUCAUUUAAGCAUUCCAUAAACCGAACAUGGACACGAAAACAGGCUUCUCUGUGCUUUCUUCCUGAUCGAAGUGACAUGAAGUGUCAAGUAGACAAGUCUGGUUUAUCCAACAAAUCUGCACUACAGACUGACACAACCACAGGUGAAGAGAUUGACAGCCUCCAAAAAAGUCAUGUUUUUAACAUGCAGAAGUUAAAGAAUUCAGAGUUGAGACUCACUGAGGCUGAGCAAAAAAUGAGGGAACUUGCACUUAAUAUCAAAAUGAAAGAGGAACUUAUUAAGGAAUUAAUAAGAACAGGUAAGGAUGCUCAGUCUAUAAGUAAGCAAUAUUCUUUGAAGAUAACUAAACUGGAGCAAGAAUCUGAGCAGGCCAAAAUGGAACUGGCUGAAACACAAAAGCGGCUUCAGGAGCUGGAGAGCAAGGAGCUGAGAGACAUUCCUGAGAAAGCCAAGUUACAAAAAGAGUUCAGGAAGAGGAUGGAUGCAGCUAAGUUGAAAGUGCAGGCCUUACAGAAGAAGCAGCAAGACACUAAGAAUCUGGCUUCAUUAUCUAACCAAAGUGAGAGACAAGCAACAGAACUUGAGCAGAACGUGGCUCAGAUGAAGCAUCAGCAGACCCAGCUACAGAAGAGACUGUGCGAGGAGAGUGAAAAAAAGAAGCAACUAGAAGCAGAGAUUCAACGGGACCAGCAACAAAUUAAAGAACUUCAACUGAAGAUGGAGCAACAACAGAAGAUCCUUAAACUUAAGGAUAAAGAGAUUGCCGCAUUUAAAAAGAAGAAAAAUAACUCAGUAGGAACUUCACAGAAGCUACAGAAAUUAGAAGAGCAAAAGAAAUGGCUGGACGAAGAAAUGGAAAGAAUUCUCCAACAGCACCAACAGUUAGCAGAACUAGAAGAAGAUUUAAAGAAAAGAGAAGCCAUUGUAGCCAAAAAAGAAGCACUAUUGCAGGAGAAGAGCCACCUGGAAAUCAAGAAACUGAGAUCUAGCCAGGCUUUAAACAAGGACAGUAUGAAAUUGUCUACUCGCUUAAGUAUGCUGGAUCAGGAACUGUGUGAUAAAGGUAUGCAGCUUCAGCACAGCGCCACUGAAGAUAAGACAGACAUUUUGGAAAAAAUUCAGGUUCUCCAGACAGAAAGGGAUCAGCUGCUCAGAAGAAGGAAUAGUGUGGAUGAGAAACUGAAAGAUGGUAAAGUGUUGUCAGCUGAAGAAGAACAUGUCCUUUUCCAGCUGGAAGAAGGAAUUGAAGCCUUGGAGGCUGCUAUUGAUUACAAGAAUGAAAGUAUUCAGAAUCGCCAGCACUUGCUUAGGUCAUCUUCUCAGAUUCUUUCACAGAGCGAGAAUAAUGUACUAGGAAAACUAGUUUCCCUGUCUGCUGCUGAGCUCAGAGCUAUCCUCUUCAAAUAUUUCAACAAGAUUGUUGGCCUACGUGAGUCUGAACGUAAACUACAACUGCAGAUUGAAGAACAGGAAAUGAAGGUCAUAGACCAGGAAAAUAUAAUACGUGAAUUAGAAUCUGCACUUGAACACGUCAAGUUGCAGUAUGACAGGCAGCUGACCCUACAACACAAAGACCAUGAGAAAAAACUACAGUUAAUACUGCAUCAUUUCAAAGAACAAGAUAGCGAAGGUAUUGCAGAAACCUUGAAAGGGUAUGAAGUAAAAGUCCAACAACUCGAAAAAGACUUAUUUUUCUAUAAGAAAACCAGCAGAGAGCUAAAGAAGAAAUUGAAGGGCCUCUUUGGAGAGUCAUCCCAUCAAUUAUUGGCAUCCACUAAAUAUAACAGUGCUGGUGACAAGGCAUCCAGUCAAGAUGAAGCAGAAGUUGCUUCUGAAGAAUUCAAGUCAACAUUUAACCCUGAAACCAACAGUCAACCAGGGAAAAUAAAAGAACCAGAUAGAACAAGUAUUUUAAGAGCACAGCAGAAUUCAUACAAGCUUGGAGAAGAUGUUCCAGAAUUUGGUUGCAACAAAGAAGGUUUUUCAAGCACUAGUGAUGACAAAACAGGAGCAGACGAAGCUCAGCCUUCAAAAUCUCAUUCUCAGCUACCUUCUGUCAUCCAGAGAAGAGAAACCGUAACACAGUUUCAAGGAGUAACUCCAGUAAAACUAUCUCGCCGAGAGCUACGUCAUAUUCCUCCCUCUGAAUUAUCUUUGAGACGCUCAGGCCUUGGAGUUGGUGUCAGUUUAAUUGCUCCAGAUUCCAUUGAAAUGGACAAAAAGUCUAGUGUCACUAAGACAUAG